AUGGUUGAGGGUGAAUCAAGCAAUGCAAGAGAGAAAGGCUUAAGAUGCAAGCCGAUUUGGAGAGAUGAUCAGAGGAUGGAAGAGUCUGAUGCAGAGGAUAUUGAGAGUGAGCAAGGGGAGUUUGAGAUUGGAGUGAACCUUGUUCAAGAGGAGGGAAAUGGUUCUCCAAAUGAAGAAGGAGUGAGGACUGAGAGUGAAGAGGAAGGAGAAGAGGUGAACCAAUUGGUUGAUGAAGAUGACAAGAGGGGAACCAAGAUGAGCCAAUGGAAGAGGCUGAGGCAGAGCAAGAGGAGGAUGAGCUCCCCAUGUACCAAGAGCACUACAAUGCUCUCUUCUCCAUGGACUUUGUGGAGACCAAGUACCCACAUGAUGACACAUGAAGGACCUUGGAUCUUUGAGGAUGUGGAGUUGGUGCUCAAGAACAUGCAAUUGGGGAAGUUCUUCUCUCACCGCAUGGAGUCUUACAAGGAGUUGACUUGUGAGUUUUUGGCGUCGAUGAAGCAUCACGAGUUUGAUGAGCUCGAUCGAGCUGAGUUGGACCAAGGCUGGGGGUACAUAACUUUCUUGGCAAAGGGAGAGAAGAAGAUGGUGACCUUUAGGCAGCUUGAGAUACUGUUUGGGUUCACCUAUGGAGAAGGUAACCAUGGAACAUCAAGGAAAAGAACUCCAAAGGUAUGGGCUGAAGAGGUACUCUUCCUCAAGGUCCAAGGCUGCCCAGAUCAGAAGUCCUGUGCUUAG